AAAAAUCCUCCAAUUCUCAUCUUCCGGGGCGGCCUGUCUCCGAGAGUGGCACCGGUGGCAGCUCGCGAGAUGGACACCUUCGUCACCCUCACCACGGAGCGUAACCCCCAACUCGGCGUCGCAAGAUUCAACCUCAAGGCCAAAGUUCCCAAUGGCGUGAGCGAGGGUAAAGGCGUGCCUCUGGGAGGCGUAACAGUUUGCCUGCAUCAGCAAUACGCCAAGCUCUUGUUGACAGCUGGCGUGGACCAUUGCGUUGCAUGA